AUGGAGGAUUACAAAUACCUGUUCAAAGUUGUACUUGUUGGUAACGCAGGUGUUGGGAAGACUUGCCUUGUACGAAAAUUCACCCAGGGUAUCUUUCCACCCGGUCAAAGUGCCACUAUUGGAGUCGAUUUUAUGAUUAAGACUGUUAAGGUGGAUAAUGAUAAAAUCAAGUUACAAAUAUGGGACACUGCUGGUCAGGAACGUUUCCGUUCGAUAACGCAAAGUUAUUAUCGUAGUGCUCAUGCUAUCGUCUUAGUAUAUGAUGUAGCCUGUCAACCUUCAUUUGACUGUUUACCUGAAUGGCUGGCUGAAAUAGAAUCGUACGCGAAUAGGAAAGUGCUGAAGAUCUUAGUCGGUAACAAAGUAGACAAAGAGGAGGAGCGCGAAGUUCCAGGGCGAAUUGGACAGGAUUUUUCGGAAGUGAAUGGAUUUGAUUACUUCCUUGAAACUUCGGCCUUAGACGCAACAAAUGUUGAUAACCUUUUCGAGCAUGUUGCUGGCAGGUUAACAAAUGAUAUGAAGGCAACGGAUCAGAGGUUCGGAGGUUCCUUUAGGUUAGAUUCUGUCUAUUAUUUUGAUAUUUUUCUACCUUUUUAG